AUGCCGCGCUCGGACCGCGGGCGCGGCCUCAGUUCCGGCAACCUCCGGAGGAGUGGCGCUGAGCCAUGGAAAGCGCCAGGAAAGCAUGGCCCAGUCCAGUACAACCCUGCCAUCUAUGCAACACACAGUCCAGAUACGGGUGUUCCCGGCAGCUCCAGUGCUUGGUGGCAGCCGGGCAUGUGUGGAGGCAUGGCAGAUUUGAAGAAGAUUUGGCAUCAGACAAGCUACAUAAUCGACCCACAUUUGCGCCAGCAUGUGACCAGACAGAUGAUGGCGCAAUAUGCACAGAUGCCUGCAGCCGACGCAUCCAGCAAUCGCAGGCACGAGUCAAUCUCUGCACCGCAGACGCGGCAGCUACAAACGGCGCCGUGCCACGAGAGCACACGCCGCUCGAGAUCCGCAGGCUCACUGCGGGCGGAGAAGCCGAAGAAUUACCAAAAACCAGUUCACUACCAAGUUCGGCGGCCGUUCAUUCCGGAGAUUGAAUUUGGCACUCUCAGCGUUGAACACCGCACAGGGCACGUCUUUGCAGACAGGCUCAUGGGCCUCACCAAAGCCUGGUGA